CCUUGUUGCUUCCACGCGAUCUCUCUCCCUCCGCACAGCUUUCAACCUUUCACUCUCCCCCCUGAAGGCCGGAGGAGGAGGAGAAGGUCGCGACGUUCGAGCAUCGGAGAUCGCCGAUCGGAGGUGGUGGAAGCUCUCUCCCCCACAUGGCGGCGGCGGCGGCGUCUGCGUCGGCGGCGUCCGAGAAGCAGGUGAUGGUGGUCGCCGUCGACGAGAGCGACUGCGGCGCCCACGCCCUCGACUGGACCAUCGACCACUUCUUCCCUCCCGCCGUCCCCGGUUCUCCGUUCAAGCUCGUCCUCGUCCACGCCAAGCCCUCCGCCGCCGCCGCCGUCGGCCUCGUCGGACCUGGAGCUGCUGAGGUGUUUCCGAUCGUGGAGGCUGAUCUGAAGAAGAGCGCCGCGAGAGUCGUGGAGAAAGCCAAGGAACUUUGCGCGAGUAAAUCGGUUCACGAUGUGAUGAUUGAUGUGGUGGAAGGCGAUGCGAGGAUCGUUCUCUGCGAUGCCGUAGAAAGACAUCACGCCUCGAUCCUGGUAGUUGGUAGUCAUGGUCAUGGAGCCAUAAAAAGGGCUGUCUUAGGUAGUGUGAGCGACUACUGUGCUCACCAUGCUCAUUGCACCGUGAUGAUCGUGAAGAAGCCCAAGGCUAAGCACUGAGUUCCCUUCUCUGCUUCUGCAGAAUCUGUAAAUGUGGUGUUUGUGUGCUGUCAUAUUGGGCACACAGAUAUCUAGCUCUGUAUUCCGUAUGUCUGUGGUACUUCCGUUUGUAUUUUGUAUGUUGAAAUGCCAUUAUGAAAGUUCAGUUUGGAGAA